CACGCAAACCACAGAGUUAUGGGUGUUCGAUACGAAAACGUCAUCGUCUUCGGGCCUACAGGCACUGUAGGCGGUCUUGUCGCCCUUGAGGCACAUAAACGAGGCGCCAAUGCCUGGUUGGCUAUGCGCGACACUUCGAAAGCAAUUCACGAAAUCCCCGCCGACGUUGAAAAGGGUGGCAAAUUUGACCGCAUCCAAGCGGAUCUUAACGACCCAGUUUCUGUUGCCAAGGCCAUCAACACUUCUGGUGCAAAAGCGGCAUAUCUUUACCUCAUACACAACAGCCCGGACUCCAGUUAUGCCUCCUUGAAGGCAAUGCGCGAUGCCGGUGUCGAGUACAUUGUCUUCCUGUCCAGCUAUUCCCUCAAAGUGGAAGGCAAACAGUUGCGGGCUGUUUCACCGCAAGAGCCAAUUCCAUACGCCCAUGCGCGGGUAGAAAUCAACAUCGAGGACCUCGGAUUCCCUUGCUUCACUGUUUUGAGACCAGCAUGGUUUGCGAGCAACCACAUCAAACAAUAUCUGGACACCUCAGUCAAGCCACCCAAGGCCAACGUUGUCGUCGAGGGGGCCAUCUUCGACAAUAUCGCGCCUGAGGACAUCGGUGCAGUAGGCGGUACCGUGUUGGUAGAGCGACCACAGCCAGAUGGUGGGAAAGAGACGAUUUAUUUGUGUGGACCAGAGUUGCACACAGCCAAGCAGAGUUGGGAGCUGAUCAAAUUGACAACAGGCCGAGCCGACAUCGACACUUCCUCCCCCAAUCCAGAGCAAUUCGUGCAAAACUUGGCCUCCAAAGGGAUCCCCAGUGUCCUGGCAGAGUAUCUGUUGGGGAUUCUCGAGGAGGCAAAGCAAGGAAUGCGCGAGCCAGAGUACCGAAUUGGAGUGGAGAACAUCACAAAGUACAGUGGCAAGGCACCGACCAGCUUUGUGGAUUACUUGGUGGCGCACAAGGCAGAGUGGCAAACAGCAUAG